UGGGGCGGCGCUGACAGUCUGGUCCGCGCCGGGCAGCGGGCGCAGCAGCGGGCAGGCGGCCGGCAGGCACGGAGGCAGAGCCCUGCCGCGCGCGCCCCGGCCCGCGCCCGGCGCCGCGCCCCACCCCGCCCGCGGGGCACCCACCUGCAGCCCCGACGGGAGGCCACUCGCGACCACAGCCGCUGCCUCCGGCCAGGCGCCCGGCGGCACCAUGAGCCCCCGCUCGUGCCUGCGUUCGCUGCGCCUCCUCGUCUUCGCCGUCUUCUCGGCCGCCGCGAGCAACUGGCUGUACCUGGCCAAGCUGUCAUCAGUGGGGAGCAUCUCGGAGGAGGAGACGUGUGAGAAGCUCAAGGGCCUGAUCCAGAGGCAGGUGCAGAUGUGCAAGCGGAACCUGGAGGUCAUGGACUCCGUGCGCCGUGGGGCCCAGCUCGCCAUCGAGGAGUGCCAGUACCAGUUCCGGAACCGGCGCUGGAACUGCUCCACGCUCGACUCCCUGCCUGUCUUCGGCAAAGUGGUGACACAAGGGACUCGGGAGGCGGCCUUCGUGUACGCCAUCUCUUCAGCAGGUGUGGCCUUUGCGGUGACGCGGGCAUGCAGCAGUGGGGAACUGGACAAGUGUGGCUGUGACCGGACAGUACAUGGGGUCAGCCCACAGGGCUUCCAGUGGUCGGGAUGCUCGGACAACAUCGCCUAUGGUGUGGCCUUCUCACAGUCCUUUGUGGACGUGCGGGAGCGAAGCAAGGGAGCUUCAUCCAGCCGGGCCCUCAUGAACCUCCACAACAAUGAGGCUGGCAGAAAGGCCAUCCUGACACACAUGCGGGUGGAGUGCAAGUGCCACGGGGUGUCGGGCUCCUGUGAGGUAAAGACGUGCUGGCGAGCCGUGCCGCCCUUCCGCCAGGUGGGCCACGCACUGAAGGAGAAGUUUGAUGGCGCCACCGAGGUGGAGCCACGCCGUGUGGGCUCCUCCAGGGCACUGGUGCCUCGCAACGCACAGUUCAAGCCACACACGGAUGAGGACCUGGUAUACUUGGAGCCCAGCCCAGACUUCUGCGAGCAGGACAUGCGCAGCGGUGUACUGGGCACAAGGGGCCGCACGUGCAACAAGACGUCCAAGGCCAUCGACGGCUGCGAGCUGCUGUGCUGUGGCCGUGGCUUCCACACAGCGCAGGUAGAGCUGGCUGAACGCUGCAGCUGCAAGUUCCACUGGUGUUGCUUCGUCAAGUGUCGGCAGUGCCAGCGCCUCGUGGAGCUGCACACAUGUCGAUGACUGCCCGCCAGCCCUGCGCCCAGCAGCCACCUCGUGCACGGCCCAGGGAAGGCCAAUAAUUUAAACAGUCUCCCACCACCUACCCCAAGAGAUACUGGUUGUAUUUUU